AUGGCAGAUAAUAACUUCUCCCAGUUCUAGCACCUUUACUUUGUCUUAACUGGAAUUCCAGGGCUUGAGCAAAAGUACUACUGGAUGGCAUUCCCAUUGGGAGCUAUAUACGCCAUUGCCCUCUUGGGCAACAGCACCAUCGUUGCCACCAUCAAGUCUGAAUCAUCCCUGCAUAUCCCUAUGUACUACUUUCUGUGCAUGUUGGCAUUGGCAGACAUGGGACUUGCCUUCUGCGCUUUGCCCUCUAUGCUAGGCAUAUUCUGGUUUAACUACAAGUUCAUUGCCUUUGAUGCCUGUCUUACUCAGAUGUACUUCAUCCACACUUUCUCAGCCAUUGAGUCUGGCGUGCUGGUGGCUAUGGCCUUUGACCGCGUUGUGGCAAUCUGGAGCCCCCUCAGGUAUGGCAUCAUCCUAACCAACGGUCUGGUCUGCAAAAUGGGGAUAGUCAUUUUGUCAAGGGCAGCCUGUGUGGUCUUCCCUGUGCCUUUCCUCAUCAAGCGGCUCCCCUUUUACCACUCCAACAUUCUCUCCCACUCCUUCUGCCUCCACCAAGAUGUCAUGCGCCUUGCCUGUGCCAGCACCCGUGUCAAUAGUCUCUAUGGCCUCAUUGUUGUCAUCUUCACCAAGGGUUCUGACUCCCUAUCCAUCCUUCUCUCCUAUGUGUUUAUACUGAAAACAGUAAUGGCAAUUGCCUCAGGGGAGAGUCAGUUCAAGGCACUCAAUACUUGUCUUUCACACAUCUGUGCUGUACUCAUCUUCUAUGUGCCACUCAUUGGAGUGUCUGUCAUCCAUCGCUUUGGAAAGCACCUGUCACCACUGACUCAUGCCCUCAUGGCAAAUACUUACCUUCUUGUACCUCCUGUGCUAAACCCCAUAGUCUAUACUGUGAAGACUAAGGAAAUACGAAGGAAGAUCAUCCAGAUAUUUGCUCAAGCCAAGAUUACUGCAGAAGGUUAG